AUGGAGGAAGUGAUUAAACUCGAGGCACUGUUUCGGUCCUGUGAGGGCAGCCAGCAAGUGGCCAAUCUUCUGAAUAAAAUCAAGAAGGUCACUUCUGAAUUCGAAGGCAAAACUGGGCACCCUUCGAUUAACUUUCAAACCCCAGAAAAAAUCAAGUACCCUGGCAGACGGAAAAGUAGUGCACGUCGAAAGUACCUCCCCAAAGACUUUGGUCGAGCAAACUGGAGGAAGAUCAGUGUUUCGCCUGGUCAUGCUGGCUUUAAGGCAAUGGUUAGGUUGAGAGCUAGAAUGGGGGAGGGAAAGUCUGCAGCUACACAAAAACCAGAAAACAACAAAAAACAAAACAAAAGCAAACAAGAGCCUCUCGACCCAGUCGAUGCCACAAAAGAAAUAGGGUUUAAAAGACCUGCCACCGCUCUAGAAGAUUACCAGUAUGAUCAUCGCACCUCUGUUGGCAAGAGGGUUAAAUUCCAGCCUGAUUUUCCUGUCUCUCAUGAGAUAGUUGAUGACGUUAAGGGUGGGUUUAACCCUACUGCUGAUGGGUGGGACAGGCUUUCUGCCUUGCCAAAAUACAAGGAGAUAUACCCAAACACCUUUGGUACUGACACCAGCCAACUGGAAAGAAUUAUUCGACAUGGUUCUCAACUCGAUUGCAACAACACCAACUUCAACACCAACUUCAUCCCAGCAUGUUCAGAUGCCAGUAUGUGGUUUAACACACCCGACUGUGCUCAACUAGCUGCGGACACAUAUACACGACCAGUCUGCGUCUACUCAGACAACCCCAACACCCCCUCAACAACCUUUCUUCCAUUCGCCCUUCCCAACAACAAAACAAAACAACGACAACCUCUGAUUUUUAAUCAUGUUAACAAUAACCACUGGACAACAGUAAACCUUUCCCGCAAUGUCUCAAGGAAAUGGCCAACUAUUCCUGAGUUAUUCUUUUUGGGCUGUGUCAGAAACCAGAUUCCCGACAACUUUGAUACUUACUGGAACAAGUUCAAAGAAUUUAAUAAGCAUGACCGCAGAAAUGCCAUGCUCUCUUUUCUUUCCGAUCAAGAGGAACCUAUUGAUCUCAGUAUAAAAUAA